GGGUUUGAAAAUUAGUUGGUAUUUGGAACGCCUUGCGAUAGAAUUGCGUCGAUAAGUUACAUGCAUGCUUGGACAAAUUCUUUUUAUUUAUGAUUGUAUAUUGAGACGUCAAAAUACUUUGAAAUCUUCAUGUCGAAAAAGAUUUAAAAUUUGAUGAUGGCAGAACGACCAGUUCCUAAGCCUAGGUUGUACACUGGCGCCAAUGAUGAACAUUCAGUUGCUAAUUUGUUUGCCAGCUCUCAGCCCGUUGCAGGUGAUUCAAAGAGAGAUUUGCAACAAGGCUUGCCAAGCUGCUUGACAUUAAAGAGAGAUAAUGGUUCUCAAGAAAAACACCAACUUCAUCCCAGUCUCCCUCAACUGCUGUUUCGAUUAAAUGAAGCUUUUGCAGCAGGUGGAAGCGAAGUUGAUAAGGCAAAUCUUGCCAACUCUUGCAUUCGAGCAGCCUCUUCACCAAUUGGAAAAUACAGAAUUUUGAGAUUUUUUGACCUGUUAGAAAACAACAAGCAUCAAAUCAAUAAACUUGACAGUGCAUUGUCGAUCCUGGAAAAAUAUGCCCUUAACUUGUUACGAAAUGACAGACCUCCGCAGUGGCGAGUAAUCAACUACAACAUUAGUGUCAUCAAUGAUAAGGUUUUUCCUGUUGUUGGUGCUUUAGACAUUCUCAAACAGAUGGGAUAUACUGAGGACAUAGGCGAAGGUUUGAGUUUUCCUCUGGAAGUCAACUCGCCAAAUCUUGAGACGAUUGUCAUUCUUUGUGCAGACCUAAAGAUUGCUCGUCACGAGAUUCAUUUAUUAAGGAGACACACUCAUCCUUUUUUGGUAUUGAGCUCACAAACUGCAUCUGGGGGCACGGAAAAGCCAUUGAGGCAGAUUGAAAAUGUGGCGCAUGUCGAAAAUGAAUAUUGUGGUGUGUGCAGCGAACCGAAUGUUGAAAUAUACUGCGAGGAAUGCGAUAUGAAGUUUUGUCGAGAAUGUGAUCAACGAUGGCAUUCGCAUAAACUGAGACAAAAUCAUAGAAGAAUACCACUCAUUGUAUCUGGGGACAACUCGGGAAAUCAAAGACAAAAACCUAUUCCUGUUCCCCGCCAACGAAAAAUUCAGAAAGCUGACCGCAUAAAUGAGGAAGUGGAGCAAUCUGUUGGUAUAAGUGAUAUGGACAUCAAGCGACCCCCCGCAGUCAUGACGUCACGAAGAGUUCCCGAGACGGUUACCCCAACAAACAACUUCAAUGCUUCACAAAAACCUCUUACAUUGUAUGGUGACCAAGCAGGAAACUUUACCGGUUAUGGUAUCCAUUCAGGACGCUCAAGCCAUAACUAUGAAAGGCAAAACGGGAAUCAGAAAGCGUCAGAUGAGGAAGAGUCCAAUAGGAUUUUAACACGUGUUUUCUCGUGUCCAUAUUGCUCUGUUCUUGUGGACGAGUCAAAUGAACGAUGUCCGACUUGUGAUGCUUUCCUACAUUUUGAAGGAAGAAGUAACGCGAGACGUGAUGGUCAACAAGUGUGGAUACCUGAACAAAGUAAUCCAAUUCAGCAAAAGCAACAACGAUUACAGUAUUCAAAUAAUAGCAAUCAAUCUUCGCGAGCUGGAGCUUUUUAUCCUGGGGAAUCGACAUUCAUGAAAGAUGACCUCCAAGACAGUUCUAGUCGGGCAUAUAUGACACGUGACGUCGACUCAAGUUAUGUUCAAAUAAAUGACAACUUAUACGAGGAGGUGAAUGAUGUACUCACGUGGAGUUGUGAACACUGUACGUUUGUCAAUCCAGUAACAACAAAGAUCUGUCAGUUAUGUUACAAGACUCCUUCUGAUCUUAGUAAGUUUCCAAAUCUCGCACAGAAAUCUGUUCCAUCUAAUCCAAAACAAUCCACUCAGGGUAUAUCUGCUCAACGAUACCAAGGUACACAACAACCCAAUAUUUCAGUUGCCGCCAAAGAUCCUCGUCACGUGGGAAACGUGCCUCCUCCUUUACCCCCACGGCAAAUGACUCAGAGUAUGUACUCCCCAAAGAUAAUUGAUGCCGUGAAACAGAGAGAACAGCAGUUGUCAGAGAAAGAAAAGGCGAAAAUAUUUGACUUGGAAAAGCAAAAAUUUUUCUCAGAGGGAGUGAUAACCAAAGAUGAAACUUACACGAUUCAGAGUUCGGAAGAAUUGAAUACUAUCGUCAAACAAAGAAAACGUAUGAAAGAAUUGUACGAAUAUCAUGGAGGGGAAAAUUAUCUUGGAAGGGAGCACUAUUCAGGAGGGGAAAAUUAUCCUGGAAGGGAGCACUAUUCAGGAGGUGAAAAUUAUCCUGGAAGGAAGCACUAUCCAGGAGGGGAAUUAUAUUCUGGAAAGCAAAGCUAUCGUAGUCAUGUUGCCGACUAUGAUCCCAAUCUCUUAAAGGAGCAUUAUUAUGGCGGAGCAUUCCAUCCCGGCGUGCUCAAUAUUUCCCAUGGUUUUUCAAAACCGGGUGUUGGUUCAGAUCAAGAUCAGUUGACCCAGCUAUUGAAAUCUGGUGUGAUCGACCAGAAUGACGUUACAAACCACGAGAAGGCGCAGAGAGAACUAGAACAGAGAAAAAAGUCGCAACAAGUUGAACCUGUUCUUGAAAUACGGAGAUCAGACGAAGCAAACGAGGAUGAGAUCGGUUUGACAGACGACGAGUUAAAGCAAAUGUUGGAGACAGGAGUAUUUCAUGAUGAAAAUAAUCAACUUCCUUUCGAGAACCAUAGCAGCAGUCAGCCGUGGUUGUCACCAUCGUCAAAUUUAAAUCAACAAACGAAAUUCCUUUUCGGUCAAGGCAAUUUGGAUUCUCCAACUAAUCAAGAUGACCUCAAUGCACUUUACCAAGCUGGAGUGAUCUCUAACUACAUGCAGACAUAUGCUGGGGGUAUAAACUAUAGAAAACCACUCGAAUCUCGUCAUAAUGCUGAUGUUCAGUCAGGUAGUAGGGGUAUGUACUCCUCACCACCUCAUGAACCUCCUCCUCCUCCUACUGCUGACAUUCAACAGAUGUUUAAAGAAUUUGCUCUCUUACAGUCCGAUGAAGAAAAUCCCGUGUUAAAGGAGAAAGAAGAAAAAUCUGCGUAUCAAAUCUUUAACGUAGCUUGCCAGACUCCAGUCCCUCAUGACUUCUAUAAUAAACGCUCUCUCUUCUCUUCCAAGGAUCCCUCCCAUUCUGGAAAGAAGGAGAAUUUUUCAACCGUUUUGAAUUCAAAAAUUCCUUUUGAAGACCUUGCGAAAGAAAAUUAUAUUGAUUCUCAAAGCAAAGUUUAUGUUGAAUGGAUUAAAGAAGCCGAGCAACUUGGCUUUACUCCCGAGGAACUCAACCUUGCCAAUAACAUAAACUGGCGCGACACUAAAGGUCGUUCUCCUGUCCAAUGGUUGAAGGAUGAAUGGCCAGCACUCAUUGCUGAAGUCGUUGGCAAAGUUACACAGCAGACCAGGAACGAGAAUGAUUAUAUUGGAAAUCUUAGUGUCGAUGAAGCAAAAGAAGGAUUGUUGGAAAAUAGUGGAAGUGUCGAGAGCGCUUGUAAAUCUUGCAUUGAAUCAAGACGAGAGAAGCUCGUUAAGAUGAGUGAGCUAUCAAGCUUUUGUAGAACAGAUUGUUUACUCGCCCUCGAUAGGAAUCAUGGGAACUUAGACAAGGCGCUGUUCGAGUUGCAAGCUAGAGCCAUGGAACCAUUUGUAAACCGCGUUUCGACUCGCCAGAAUACUUCAGUUUGCGUGCUUUACGACAUUGUUCAGGAUAAGGAUACAAGCGUAGAGCGCCGGACAAGAAUAGUGUUAACCGAGUUUAGAAUGCGAUCCUGGGGCCGAGCAGAAACUGCAAUUCGACUCGUCGACAUGGGGUACGGGGUGGAGGAUUCUGUCGAAGCUGCUAAAGCAUUUGGGGAUUUGCCGCGAUCGUUGAAAUACCUCGCCCAAGAAUGCCAGAUCUGUUUUGACACCUUUCCAAUGAGAGAAAUAUUGCCAUCUCUUAGCUGUCAAGAUAAAAUUUGUAGAUCAUGUCUGAAAAAUUACUUUACGAUCACGAUAAAGGAAAAACAGAUUCAUCAACUUACCUGUCCUGUAUGUGAUGAACCUGACCUCAGUAAUGAAAUGGUAGCAGCGGAAUAUUUUAAUCAAUUGGAUAUUUUGUUGCGUGAGUUAGUUGAUGAAGAAACUCAUGAUUUAUUCCAAAAGAAACUCCGCGACAAAACGUUAAUGAAAGACGAGAACUUUCGAUGGUGUUCAUAUUGUUCCUGUGGCUUUAUCAACGAUGUUCCUAUGAUCAACAAAAUGCAAUGUCCUCAUUGUCUAAAAUUUACAUGUUUUGGCUGCGGAAAGCCAUGGGAGGAUCAACACGAUGGAAUCACGUGUGAGCAGUUUGCUCGAUGGAAAGAAGAGAAUGACGAAGAGUAUCAGAUGGAGGGACUUGCGGGCUACCUUGCCCGCAACGGCAUCGAGUGUCCGAAUUGUAAGUUUCGGUAUGAUCUUGCACGUGGUGGAUGCAUGCAUUUCAAAUGUGCUCAAUGUGGCCACGAGUUCUGUAGCGGUUGUAACAAUCCAUUCAAACAUGGCGGCAACUGUGACGUUUCACCAGAAUGUGCAAAUCGUGGCAUCCACGCGCACCACCCGCGUGAUUGUCUAUUCUUCCUAAGGGACUGGGAAGCGGUUAGAUUAGAAGAACUACUUGAAGGAAGUCAGGUGGAUUUCCGAGCAGAGAUGCGAAGAUUACCCAUGCCAGGCGACGAUGAAAAUGCUGAAGCAGUAAUCAAAUGUAAAGUGAUGCUACAGACGAAUGAAGGGAUGGAAGAUGUUGCGUGCGGUCUCAAUUGUGAACCUGGACAUAAUGGUUUAUGCUUGAAGCAUUACAAGGAAUAUUUAGUUGAUUUGAUUAAUAAAAAUGGCGUAGAUCCUGCAGAAAAGAUGACACACGAUGAGAUUGCGAUUGUUUUCCGUCGCAAUUAUGUGGAAGUACCUGAAAUGCGGCGAAAUGAAGAGGAAGAAGAGUAUACUGCUCGACUUCUUCAGGUUGUGAAACAGAAAUUACCCUUAGCACAACGCCCCGGUUUAGCAGCAGCUGUGGUUGAUAAUCAGGAGGUAGAGGAAUGAAUAAAACAUAAACAAAAGCACCCUAAGGUACACAUAUUUUUAAUCAACAUGAGCAGGGAAAAUGAGAUUCCGCUGAACUUAUACAACUUUGUAAUAUGGAAAUUAUUUCUAGGCCAAAGUUUUUGUUUAGCUUCUGUAUAACUAUUGUAAACAUUUUCUAUUAGCCAUUAACGUAAAAUUUGCAAUAAACACAUUUUGAAGCCGUUCUGCUCACGGCGGCAAAUCACGAAA